AAGCGCUUGCUCGAGCGUUUUCUACAAAAAUCAAUCUCAAAAAACUCCGCGAAUAUUCCACAGCCAUCGGCUUCUCUCCUCCUCCGACUCCCAAGCGUUGGUUGCCAACUCUCUCCUGCAUCGCCAUGCCUUCCCUGGUCCUUCUUCCUCAGUCUCCCAUCUUUAUUUCUUACCGCUUAACAUCCUCCUGCUCCUCUGUCCGCAAUUUUAUUCCCUGCAACGCAAAGCCCGUUCUCCAAUCUUCUCCGUGGCCACAUUCCCCAAGCCGCCGCAACCGAACCCUUGUUCUCAAUUCGGCUGUGGACCGUGUCCCUGUCGCUGACCCUCCCCCACCUCCCCCACCGCCUCCUCGAAACGGAGGCCCGCCCGGCGAUCUUAUCGCGUCUCUCAAGCUCAAUUUACUGAGUGCUGUUUCUGGGCUAAAUAGAGGUCUUGCUGCUAGUGAAGAUGAUCUACGAAAGGCAGAUGCUGCGGCUAAGGAACUUGAAGGUAUCGGAGGACUGGUAGAUCUGACAGUCGAUCUGGAUAAAUUGCAAGGGAGGUGGAAACUGAUUUAUAGCAGUGCCUUCUCAUCACGUACGCUGGGCGGGAGCCGUCCUGGCCCUCCAACCGGCAGACUUCUUCCUAUAACUCUUGGUCAGGUUUUCCAACGAAUUGAUAUCCUGAGCAAGGAUUUUGAUAAUAUAGUGGAGCUUCAACUGGGUGUUCCAUGGCCCCUACCACCUAUCGAAGUAACAGCCACAUUAGCUCAUAAAUUUGAACUCGUAGGAUCUUCAAAGAUAAAAAUAAUAUUUGAGAAAACCACAGUGAAGGCAGCCGGGAACUUGUCGCAAUUGCCACCAUUAGAGAUACCCCGAAUUCCUGAUCAAUUUAGGCCUCCAUCUAAUACUGGAAUUGGUGAAUUUGAAGUUACAUAUCUUGAUUCAAAUACCCGUCUUACUCGAGGAGAUAGAGGUGAGCUAAGGGUCUUUGUGAUCUCGUGAUUUCCUGGAGUAUGCAUUGUCCCGGCUAAACUUGGAAGCCUUUCAAUGUAUAUUAUUGAAUAUGUUAAUCAUUUAUCGUUUAUAAGUUAUUAACUAAA